AUGAUAGACGAAAUGAAUAAUACCGUGUACAUCUUUGUAGGUAUAUACCUCGGCAUAGGAGUUGCUGUUGGGGCAGGCAUCAUACUAUUUGUUCUUGCUGGAUCCUUCAUUCAUAAGAAAUUCAAACAUCGGAAAGCGCAGAUGUUGAGACAGAAGUUCUUUGAAAAAAAUCGAGGACAGUUGUUGCAACAAUUGGUAUCACAAAGAGCUGAUAUUGCAGAAAGAAUGAUUAUAAGCUUAGACGAGCUUGAGAAGGCAACAAAUAAAUUUGAUAAAGCUCGUGAGCUUGGUGGUGGGGGGCAUGGUACAGUCUACAAAGGGAUCCUAUCCGAUCUCCAUGUUGUAGCCAUCAAGAAACCAAAGGCAGCGAUUCAAAAGGAGAUUGAUGAAUUCAUUAAUGAGGUUGCUAUCCUAUCACAGAUCAACCAUAGAAACGUUGUAAAACUCUAUGGUUGUUGCCUUGAAACAGAGGUCCCCAUAUUGGUCUACGAGUUUAUAUCCAAUGGUACCCUUUAUGAUCAUCUUCAUGUUGAUGGACCAAGAUCAUUGUCAUGGAAUGAUAGGCUACGGAUAGAACUGAGACUGCUAGAUCUUUAG